CUGCGGCCUUUUCCCCUCUACCCCGGCUGUCAGUGCUGUGUGUGAGUGUGUGCUCCGGAGCUUGGCCUCGGCACACAUUUCUUAUUAUUAAAAAAUAUAAAAAAUAAAAAAAAAUCACAAAAUCCUCUAAAAACCCAGAAAAAUUCCCCGAAUUCCCAUUUCUUUCCGGAUAUUUUAUUUUUUUCCUUGUUUUUAAACGAAAAAAAAAAAAAAGAAAAGGCAAUUGUUCCACCACCUACAUCUGGUUUUUAACUACGCAAAAAACAAAAAUAACGGAAGAAAAACGUUGAUCUGUUUUAAAAAAAAUAGCAAAAUCCGUUGAAAGACAAAAACGGUGAAGCGAAGCUCAACACAGCGUCCCGAGAAGGAAGAGGCCUGGGCUGUCGGACGUUAGGAUUGUGAAACCUCGAGGAAAUAAACCGCGUUUCAGAGCUUGAUAAAAUAAAAAAAUAAAAAAAAUGAAUCCCAGCGCUCCCAGCUACCCCAUGGCCUCCUUGUAUGUGGGGGACCUGCACCAAGAUGUAACAGAAGCCAUGUUGUAUGAGAAGUUUAGCCCAGCUGGUCCGAUCUUAUCCAUUAGAGUUUGCAGAGACAUGAUUACCCGACGUUCCCUUGGCUAUGCUUAUGUCAACUUCCAACAGCCUGCUGAUGCUGAGCGUGCUUUGGAUACGAUGAACUUUGAUGUCAUAAAGGGCAAGCCUGUGCGUAUUAUGUGGUCGCAACGUGACCCUUCUCUGCGCAAAAGUGGAGUUGGCAACAUUUUUAUAAAGAAUUUGGACAAGUCAAUUGAUAAUAAAGCGCUCUAUGACACAUUUUCUGCCUUUGGAAAUAUCCUGUCUUGUAAGGUUGUGUGUGAUGAGAAUGGCUCAAAGGGCUAUGGAUUUGUACAUUUUGAGACACAGGAGGCAGCCGAAAGAGCAAUUGAUAAAAUGAAUGGCAUGCUUCUAAAUGACCGCAAAGUGUUUGUUGGGCGGUUCAAGUCACGUAAGGAGCGUGAGGCUGAGCUUGGAGCCAGGGCAAAGGAGUUCACCAACGUUUAUAUUAAGAAUUUUGGGGAAGAUAUGGAUGAUGAAAGGCUUAAGGAAAUGUUUGGCAAAUAUGGUCCAGCCCUUAGUGUUAAAGUUAUGACUGACGACAGUGGAAAAUCCAAGGGCUUUGGCUUUGUUAGCUUUGAAAGGCAUGAGGAUGCACAAAAAGCAGUGGAUGACAUGAAUGGCCAAAGAUAUGAAUGGCCAAGGCCAUUUUAUGUGGGGCGAGCCCAGAAAAAGGUAGAAGAAAGGCAAACCAGAGCUGAAAAAGGAAAAUUUGAGCAAAUGAAACAGGACAGAAUCACCAGAUACCCAGGUAUGUUCAAUGUGUAAAACCUUUACGUUAAAAAUCUUGACGAUGGUAUUGAUGAUGAACGACUGAGGAAAGAAUUCUCACCAUUUGGUACGAUUACCAGUGCCAAGGUAAUGAUGGAAGGUGGUCGCAGCAAGGUUUUGGUUUUGUUUGCUUUUCAUCCACCUGAAGAAUCUACCAAAGCAGUCACAGAAAUGAAUGGACGAAUUGUGUGCCCCAAACCAUUGUACGUUGCUCUUGCCAGCGCAAAAGAGGAACGACAAGCACAUCUUACCAAUCAGUACAUGCAAGAAUGGCAAAGUGUUCGUGCGGUACCUAAUCCUGUGAUCAACCCUUACCAUGCCCCACCAUCCAACUAUUUCAUGGCAGCUAUUCCACCCCUACUGAUUAAUUUCUGUUUUCAGGCUCAGAAUCGUGCUGCAUACUACCCUGCAGGCCAAAUUGCUCAGUUGAGACCACGCUGGACCACUCAAGGUGCCAGACCUCAUCCAUUCCAGAACAUGCAAGCUCUUCGACCAGCUGCUCCAAGGCCCCCAACAUUUAACACAAUGAGACCAACUUCUUCUCAGGUCCCCCCACGUGUUGUGUCCACUCAGCGUGUUGCUAAUACAUCAACACAGACCUAAUGGGGUCCUCGACCAACUGCUCUGCAAGCUGCUGCAGCAGCGCCCUGCUUCUUCCCCUCUGUUAGGAAUGUACCUCAGUAUAAAUUUGCCUCCUGGGGUUCGUAAUCCUCCAAGCAACACCUUAAUACUCACCCACAAGUUGCCAUGCAGCAGCCUGCUGUCCUUGUGCAAGGACAGGAGCCUUUUGAUCUGCUUCCAUGCUGGCCUCCAGCUCCUCCCCAAGAGCAAAAACAAAUGCUUGGUGAGCGUCUCUUCCCAUUGAUUCAAGCAAUGCAUCCAAACCUUGCUGGUAAAAUUACUGGUAUGUUACUGGAGAUUGACAACUCUGAACUGCUUCACAUGCUUGAGUCACCGGAGUCACUUCGUUCCAAGGUGGAUGAAGCAGUUGCAGUAUUGCAAGCACAUCAAGCUAAAGAGGCUGCGCAGAAAGUCGUAAAUAAUUCCACUGGUGUCCCAACUGUUUAAAUGCAUGCCAGGCAAAUGGAACCUUUUGUUGAACUUCUCUUCACCAGAGGAAAAAAAAUUCAAAACAUGGAAAAACUUAAAUCUUGCAAAAACAUUGCAAAAAAUAAAAUCAAAUAAAAAAAGGAAAGGAAACGUCAAUGCUUACGUACAGAGAAAA